GCGGCGGGGGCCAGGCGCGGCCGGGCCGGGAGGUGGACGUUGGAUCCCCGGGCGCGCGCGCGCUGUGGCUCGCUGAGACCCGGCCGUGGCCGUGGCCGUGGCGGCCGCCCCCUCGGCAGCGCACCCGCCCGGGCGGCAUGAGCCGGUGAUUGCGCGCGGGGCCGAGCGGGAGCAGCCGUGGCCGAGAAUAGAAACAAGGCGGGUGUAGACCGGACACCCUAUGUAACAUGGACCUUUGCUGGCGCAGCUGAGCUGUGGCUGGACCCCAAUGGAGUGGGAGGACGAGGCUGCGUGUGCCAGCAUGUGCGCGUCGGUCAAGUACAACCUCCGGGGUCCCGCCCUCAUCCCAAGGAUGAAGACCAAGCACCGCGUCUACUACAUCGCGCUCUUCUCCGUGGUGCUGCUGGGCCUCAUCGCCACGGGCAUGUUCCAGUUCUGGCCGCACUCCAUCGAGUCGGCGGCCGAGUGGGGCGCGGCGCGGCGCAGCGCGCGGGACGUGCCCGUGGUGCGCCUGGCGGCCGACGCGCCCCUGCCCGAGCGCGGCGACCUCAGCUGCCGCAUGCACACGUGCUUCGACGUCUACCGCUGCGGCUUCAACCCCCGGCACAAGAUCAAGGUGUACAUCUACGCGCUGCGCAAGUACGUGGACGCGGCGGGCGCGCCCGUGGGCCACUCGCUCUCCCGCGAGUACAACGAGCUGCUCGCGGCCAUCGCCGACAGCGACUACUACACGGACGACAUCGGCCGCGCCUGCCUCUUCGUGCCCUCCAUCGACCUGCUGAGCCAGGGCGCGCUGCGCGUGCGGGAGACGGCGCAGGCACUAGCACAGCUCUCCAGGUGGGAUCGCGGUACCAACCACCUGCUCUUCAACAUGUUGCCUGGAGGCCCCCCAGAUUAUAACACGGCCCUGGACGUCCCAAGAGACAGGGCCCUGUUGGCCGGUGGCGGCUUUUCCACGUGGACUUACCGGCAGGGCUACGACGUCAGCAUUCCUGUCUACAGCCCGUUGUCCGCCGAGGUGGAGCUUCCAGAGAAGGCACCCGGCCCGCGGCGGUACUUCCUCCUGUCCUCACAGAUGGGCCUCCACGCCGAGUACCGGGACGAGCUGGAGGCGCUGCAGGCCCGGCACGGGGACGCGGUGCUGGUGCUGGAUAGGUGCGCCGACCUCCCCGAGGGCGUCCCCUCCGUGCGCAAGCGCUGCCGCGGGCACCAGGUCUUCGAGUACCCGCACGUGCUGCAGGAGGCCACUUUCUGCGUGGUGCUUCGCGGAGCCCGGCUGGGCCAGGCGGUGCUGAGUGACGUGCUCCGGGCCGGCUGUGUCCCGGUCAUCAUGGCCGACUCCUACGUGCUGCCUUUCUCCGAGGUCCUUGACUGGAAGAGGGCCUCGGUGGUGGUGCCCGAGGAGAAGAUGCCGGAGGUGUACAGCAUCCUGCAGAGCAUCCCCCAGAGGCAGAUCGAGGAGAUGCAGAGACAGAAAUGGGCCAGCGUGAGCAACCCCCUCUCGCUCCCCCUCAUCCCACCGCAGUCCCAGGGCUUCACCGCCAUCGUCCUCACCUACGACCGCGUGGAGAGUCUCUUCCGGGUCAUCACCGAGGUGUCCAAGGUGCCCAGCCUCUCCAAGCUGCUGGUCGUGUGGAACAACCAGAAUAAAAGCCCCCCCGAAGAAUCUCUCUGGCCCAAAAUCCGGGUUCCACUGAAAGUUGUGAGGACGGCCGAGAACAAGCUGAGUAACCGCUUCUUCCCUUACGAUGAGAUCGAGACGGAGGCCGUGCUGGCCAUCGAUGACGACAUCAUCAUGUUGACCUCGGAUGAGCUGCAGUUCGGCUAUGAGGUCUGGCGGGAGUUUCCGGACCGCCUGGUGGGUUACCCAGGCCGUCUGCAUCUCUGGGACCACGAGAUGAACAAGUGGAAGUAUGAGUCGGAAUGGACCAACGAGGUGUCCAUGGUGCUUACAGGAGCAGCUUUUUAUCACAAGUAUUUCAAUUACCUCUACACCUACAAAAUGCCCGGGGACAUCAAGAACUGGGUGGACGCUCACAUGAACUGCGAAGACAUCGCCAUGAACUUCCUGGUGGCCAACGUCACGGGGAAGGCUGUCAUCAAGGUAACACCGAGAAAGAAGUUCAAGUGUCCCGAGUGCACGGCCAUCGACGGGCUCUCUCUGGACCAGACGCACAUGGUGGAGAGGUCUGAGUGCAUCAACAAGUUCGCCUCGGUCUUCGGGACCAUGCCCCUCAAGGUGGUCGAGCACCGGGCCGACCCCGUCUUGUACAAGGACGAUUUUCCCGAGAAGCUGAAGAGUUUCCCCAACAUCGGCAGCCUGUGAAGAGCGGGCCCUGGGGGGGCAGGGCAGAGCCCUCCCCGUUCCCCUGAGACUGGGGGUCUCAGAGUGGACCACAGCCCUGGCGCCCGGCGUCUCGGCCCUGUCCCCGAGAUGCCCUGAGCCUGCGGUGCCCAGCCUGGCCUUCUCGUCCCUCCUGCCACCCGGAGGAAGCUGGGGGCGGCGGGGGAGGGUGGGCCGCGGGGGUUGUUCGGGCCAGCUUGGAAGACAUGUGACACCAAAGGCAGGAAGAGAACCUGGGGGAAACAGGGACCCUCAUGGCAGUCAGAACCGUUUCAGGAGAAGCCGCACGGCUCAGAAUUCAGGCCCGAGACCCCCUCCCCGAGGGGUUGCGUGGGCCCCCCCUUUGGGGUAGAGGGGUAGGGGUCGAGGGGUAGCCUCCGGGGCUGUGCAGUGCCCAGAAUGCCCAGUCAGGUGCCAGCAAAUCACACCAGCAGCUCUCCUGGGUUUGACUGUUUGAUAAGAUUAAAAUUAUUUUCUAGUUCCCUUUC